AUGUCAAAACGAAAAACAAAAGAUAUUAGUUGUAUAAGUCAAAGGACAUUUAGGCGUAGGGUAGCUACUGACUUUAAUGCAGCUGUGCAAGAUAGUGAUAAUAGUUUAGAUGAAGAUCGGGCUACACAUUUGCAAAUUACCAGUCAUCAUGAAUCUGCAGUUGUUCCUGAUAGUGAUCAAAACUUUUUUCUCAAUGGAUCCGUCACCAAAGGCAGUAAUAAUAUUAUGAUUAAUGAUAAUACCACUAUCAGUACCAGCUUUACUGAAAAUGCCGACUAUAAUAGUACUUCAAAUGAUAUUCAUAAUUUAAUAUCUGAUAAUUUGCAAAAUUUCACAUCUACAGAUUCAUCUUUCUCAGAAUAUGAUAACAAUUGCAUACAAUAUAUAGAUUACUCCAACUGUGAAUCUGAAUCUUUUGAGGAGAAACUGAAAAUAUGGGCACUAAAAUAUAAAAUUAAAUUAAAUGCUUUAGAUGGAUUACUAGUGAUACUUAGGGAUGAAGUAUGUGGUAAAUUUCUUCCUAAAGACUCCAGAACAUUAUUAAAAACUCCCAGAACUUCUGUAAUUAAAAGUGUAGAACCCGGGCAUUAUUGUCAUUUUGGUUUAAAAGCUGGCUUAAGAGAAGCAAUGCAAAAAGAAAUUAUAAAAUUUUCUUCUUACCAUAAUUCAAAUAUCGGGCUCAAAAUAUCAACUGAUGGCUUGCCAUUAUCUGACAGCAGCAACAGUCAGUUAUGGCCAAUUUUGGGCUGUUUAGCUGGGAGCUCAUACAUAUUUGUGAUAGGUGUUUAUCAUGGUCUUACUAAACCAAAUGAUUCAAAUAUUUUUUUUCAAGAUUUUGUUAGUGAAAUGAUAGAUAUUUUUAACAAUGGA